AUGGCGCCUCUGAGUCAGACCAUCGGUGGGUUACACUUCUCCCAAAGCAACCCAGGUUCGGAGCGCUCCACCGUUGGCUCGGACCGGGAAGCUCAGACGCCGAAUGUACGGAGCAGCCGAAGUUCUGAGUUGCGAAACGAUCCUAUCAGCUCUGAUAGCCUCCCUCGGUCUGGUAUCAGACUGCCAGAGGAGCGCAGUUCCCGUCAUGUUCACGGUCAACAAUACUACUCAACCAGCAACAAGUCACGCUCCGAAACCGAUAAUGAGCCAGACACCAUGCCAGUGCCAGAGGGCCAAGAGUAUCACGCAGUAACACAAUGGUUCGCUUCUUCCCCUCCCCCGCAACCUUCUCAGUCAAAGGGAAAGCAGCGUGCCAAUUCGAUGACCAUGGAUGGACCCAAUUCAACCCCUUCUGACGCAUCGGAUCCCGCGAACACUGUAGCUUCGCUGGUUGAACCCACUAUCAUGGCACCUCAAGACCCUGCCUCGGAUGGCGACAAUGUUGUGGAACCCCCAAUCACCCAAGAUGAUGAGGAUGGUGACGACGAUUUUGAGUUGGCCAGCGCUGAUGAAAAAGGGUCGGAUCAGUCAUAUGUAGAAGAACUAAUUGGCCGCAAGGGCAAGAAGAAAGGGCAAGGGAGAAGCAGUGGCCCCUCGAAGCUCAAGCCAGCGAUUUCGGCAAAGGCUUCUUUGGGUAAGGGCCCGGCAAGAAGAGGUCUCACAGGAGCGGUCGCAGCCACUUCUGCGAGUGCAGCACGCAUCAAACAGGGGAAGGCAAACACCGCUGUGGCGAGAAAACUACGGAGUAUACCGUCCGUGGGGACUUCGACACGUCAACAGCCUCGAGAUGUUGAUGAAGACGAAGGUCAAGAGGCGCCGGAGAUCAUCCCGAACAGUCAGCCCAUCCAAAAUCGAGAUCAGGUAAAGCCAAAGACCUCUACCACAAGAGUGGCAAAGAAGCCAUUCUUUGAUAGAUUGGACGAUAAUCAGACACUGCGGGGUUCUCAAAAGUUGCACAUGGAGAAACCCGCUCAGACUUCUCCGGAUACGACAGCAAACGAAUCGGCUAAACAAGAGGAACUGAUUUCUUCGCCGAAUGACCAAAUAGCUCAACGACCAUCUCGAGCUAACCCAACUACCGUUCGAAACAAGCAUACAAUCUCCGGACAGCCACAGCCCAAAGCUAAGAGACAAAAGAUUGGCGGUAAGGAUGGGAACACCUCUCACGCAGCCGCCACCGUUACCACAAAGAUCGCCAAGUCACAACGCGAACUCGCAACGGCAGGGCCAGCAUCUGAACACGGUCCGGAGAACGAGACUGCGGCAGAUGGGGACCAGCAGAACUUUCUGGUCUCAGAAGAGGUCGAUGAUUUUUGGGAUCUACCCACCUCGCCUGUGAAAGAUGGACAGCAUGCUGGGACCACCACAACCAGCAAGGGAAAGUCCAAGGCGCAGCCAGCCAACGAUUCCAUCACCAGGAUGCUCCUUACUGUACCUAACCAGCCGACGAGAUCUAGUCCGAAGAAGAGAAGUAGCCCGAUUCAGUACGGAACACACCCAAGAAACCAAAGACGGGCCGCUAAGCCUUUUGGACCUCCUGAGACUCAAGCGUCCGCAAGCAGCAGGACCGCUCUUCGACAGCAAAAGUCGGCUACCCAGCCGAGUAGACUCGCAAAGCCAGACACAAGCCUCCCGGCAAACGGGUUGAAGGAACACAAGGCUGGUGAACCUGACGCCCUGGGAACAGCGGAGGCUGGCAAGUCGAGCACGAAAGUUCCAACGAAUAACAGUGAGGUACGACCAGAAACUUCCUCGUUGAAGCCUCCCAAGGCGGCACCAAAGAGAACUAGAUCGCCAAUUACGAUCUCCUCGGAUGCUGACUCGGAGCUUGCUGCCGUGGAGGAAGAGAGUCCUAUGCCGUUUCCAACAGGUUCAAUCCCCGAACUUGUGCAGGCUUCUCAGACUGCCAAGUUAGCUGUUGCGGGCCGCGCUAUUAGUGGCAAAGCAACUCUUACCACCGGAGAUCCAGCUCACUCCAGAAAGUCGGCUCCGUCCCACAACGAUGGUAUCCAGCAGCCAGAAGUUUCGGAUACCUCGGCAGACCAAUCGCAUCCCGAGAGAAUGGAGACGUAUGACCGCCCUGAACCAAGUUCCAAGAAGCGGUUCAGUGGGAAUGAUGUUGAUGAGGAAUCUCCGAACAAGGUCAUGGAGGGAGAAUGGAAGUUGGGAGAGUUCAACAAAGGGUCGAAGGAUUUCGUCGUAUAUGAGGACGCAGCUCAGGCUAUUUCCACGGUCGCGUCACCCGCACGAAUCACACAUGACCGGACCGCCCUUCGAGAAGUGAGCCAGACUCUGCGCAAUAACUUACCUAGCUCGCCAUCGCGACCUGAAAGCCAUUACAACACAAAGAAGCUCGAUUUGAGCUCACGCCUGCGUUUUCCCCCCCGAUCUGACGCCGUACAAGCGGAGCGACCAAAUCACCCAACCGUGGAGACUUCCAGGCCAGCAAUCCUAAAGAACAUCGAAGAGCUCAGUGCCAAUCCUUUCGUUUCGAACGAUCGGGCACAGAAUGAAACAAGAUUAGUGCAGAAUGCAAGGCGCAACGAGUUUCACCCAGAGGGCCGGUCCCGUGCAGAGCCGGAAUUCCAUCCAAAGUCAGUGGCUUUUGCUCAGAGAAUCUCACAAGGCUUUGGUACAACACACGAUGUCCGCCAUAUCACUCCACAGGAUUACCCGGAGGAAUUGUCUUUGCAGAGGGGUGAAAGCCGCCCCUCGCAAGCUGUUGUGUGGGAGCAGCUGACGGCCGCUGCGUACGAUAGACUAGCUGCCUCUCUUCGCAAGGUAAACACGGCGGUCAUUCGAGACCUUGGUACAAAAGAGAACGAUAUCUCGCGUAUCGUUCAUGACUACGAGAUAUAUGGCGAGAAACUGACGGAAGAUCUCGCUCAGCGACAUGAGAAAGAAGGUCUCGCACUAGGGCUUGCCUUUGACAAGGACAUGCGAAACCUUGAAACCAUCUAUAACGAAGCAGCAAGAGAUGCAGCAGAUCUCCGGAGUGAGGUAUUAUCGCAAAAACGUACCAAAGAGCUUACACAGUGGCAGAAGGGGAACAAGGAUAUCGAGAAGGCCAUACGGGAGGCUAGAGAGGCUCUGCAAAAGAUCGGAACACCUUGA